GGACUCUUGAACCACCCCUUGUCAGGCCAACCCUGCCGUGCAGAACGUGAAAGAGCCCAUUCCUGUCUGGAAGGUAGCCUACUUCACUAAGGGAAGCGUUUGUACAAUUCAUUUAUUCGCCCAGUUUUGCUUUAGCCCCCCACUCAAUGCCGUGUGGCCCUUGGAAGGUUGCCUAGUGGGGAAUGUGGCCCUCAGCCUGAAAAAAGAUCCCCCAUAUAGACAAGUUUCUCAUACACCCUUCAAAACUUCACCCCUAGACCAGAGGUUUUCAACCUAUUUGGCUCCGUGGCUCCCUUGACCAACUCCAUUCUUUCUGUGGCACCCUUGUGGGGCCCAGGAGCCCUGUUAUGUCACCCCUUGCCUGCAGAGCUGGCAGCUCCUUACCCCUUUUCAAACACCCUCCUCUCAGGAGUGAUCCCUCAGUCUCCCCUCUUCUCCUCUCUCCUUGGGAAUCUUCUGGUCUCUGAGCUGCCCCCUCCCCGCCCCGCCCCAAAGAGAGGUGCCUCCUCACACUACCCGCAGGGCCCUGGGAAGCACCCCCUGGCCAUCCCUAGUGGCACCAUUUGCCCGGGGAGUUUAUAUCCAGGGCUGCUGCAACAAACAGCUGUGCAAGCCUUUGGGAGGCAGGGAUGCUAGAGGGCAUCAGAGGAACUGGAAGGGAGGGAAGGAAAGAGGGACAGAGGCCAGUGUUGCUUGCAGUCGCAGCAGACCAAAUAGAUCUCGCUGGGCUAAAGCCGUGAUAUGUUGCAGAUUCUGCGCGCUUUCACGCCAAAGAAAGCUCAUUCCAAACAACAAAUGGGCGCAACUUUCCGGCGGCAGGACCCGAUCGAGCCACUUGGUGGCACCCUGAGCUCCUCGGACGCAGCUGCUCGCAACAUAUUCCUUUUGGACGGGAGGGGCUGGGAUUCUCCCGGGCGCCGCCUCCCUCCGUUCCCCCGCGCGCCCCGCCCACGCCUCCCAAGGGCUGGGACGAGAGAAGUGUUGUUAAGUUCCGUGUCGGAGUCGCGGCUGCUGCGAGAGAAGAAAACUUAAGUCUGUGGGGACCGAGCGCCAGCACCAAGGUAAGGAAAGGAGGGCCUGCGCUUUCGGGAAGGGGUUGCUCGUGAGGAAGCCCGAUGCGUUGCGGGGUUGUGGCUUUUUUUUAUUAUUAUCCCCGGGCGCCCUAGCAGGUGCGGAUGGGGACCCAGAAGAGAUGCGUUCUCUUCCUCCCUCCCGGGCAAGUUUUUCUGUGCGCCCUUGGUGCGUUCGCGCCUUCUGAAGUUUUGUUAAAAAACGCACACUCGGUUUUUUAUUCCUUCUCGCGAGGUUAUUGACUCCUUGGUCCGAGUUUGCUCUGUUUUGAUCCUGACGGUAGCCAGCGCUGCUCCUCUCCAGGAAGCAGCCGAGCGCGGGGCUCCGGUGCCUGGCGCUGGCCGGUACCCGCCAUUGGAUCGCCUUGCCUGCUUGGUGCCUGGUGCUGAACGGCCAAAAGGCACGUCCUGUGAAAUCGUUGCCAGAGUGUAAACGAAGCAGAGCCGGGCGGUUUCGUUUUUGCUGCGCAAGGGGGGGCUGGUAACUCUCUGCGUAUGCCCGGAGGAGCUCAUUACCGCACAUAUUCCGAGACGUAGCCAGGGCGCGGAAAGAUUCUGUGGCUAAGCCUUGGCACAUAUUACACCUAAGUGGCUCUCCCAGGGAGCCUUCUCUCGGUAUGGCAAAUUCGUCCUGCUUUUCAGGGACUGGUUUCGGUAAAAGAUCUGGGUUGAGAGAUUGGCGUAGUUGGUCGGCCUCGACUCCCCACCCGAAGCAGAGGCAGAAGCUCAGUCGUCCCUUGUUAUUUCCAGUCACCUGACUGCAUUUAUUCCUUGGCUGGAAUAUUAAAUCAUGGGAGUUUUCAGUCUGGUUUUUACUUUUUUUUUUAGAAUGUGGGUUUAGUUUUAGUGUUUAUGAUGGGUGGGGUUACACCAGUCAUUUGUCUGUUUCAUGUUUGCACUCCUUAGAUAUUCAGCAAAGAGGCCCUCCCACCAUCUGAGAAUGGGUAGGCAUUGUGCCAAAGCAAGGGUUAGGAUUGUAGCCUAAGACUCCUUUCCAGGAGAGGGGAGUUGGCUUUUAAGUGGGGGAGGACUUUUUGGAGCACAGCGGAAAGGAGGGAGAGAGAGACCUGCUCUUUCUGCAGUGGGUCCACAGAAUCCCCUCCCUCUAGUGAAACUUUGCCUAAGUGCCAAGCCCACAGGGACAAGAGAUGUGGAGUUAGCAAAAGAUGCAGCUUCUAUGGAAGAAGAGGAAGCCAGCCAGAACUUUGUGAAAGAGUCAUGCUCAUAGAAACACUGUGAUGUAAUGGGGUGGGGCAAGGGCUGGGUGGCCUUUUUUGACAUUUGCUCCGCUGACAACAUCCCUUGGUUUUUCCACUUGUCUGCUGAAAUGACAAGGCUAUUUUACUCCCUUGCCUGACCAACCUGUUCCCAGCCUUGCUGAUUCCUUUCUGUCCCAGUCUCCUCUUGCUGUUGUUCCUUCCCAUCUCCCUAGAUCUGUCAAAUGCAGUCAUUUUACAGUAAAAUAUUUAACCUUCUCUUCCAUUUCAGUAGAGAUUACCAUUCCCAUCCCUGGGAUUCCCCAACCUAGUUGGGUCACUAGGACUAAAAACUCUGAAUUCUUCAGUGCAUGGCCUGGAUUUCGUUGGCUUUUUACACACACACACACACACACACACACACACGUGUCUCAAACAAACAAACUAGACAUGGUUGCUAAGUUUGGUCAUGUUGUUGUCACAUUAAUCCUUGAGAAGAAAUGUAUUACUAUUAAUAAUCCUUUAAAUUUCUGCUUGGACUGGCACUCACAAAUAAUCUGUUGAUUUUUUUUAAGUCAACAGAUUUAUUACCCAGAACAAACAUGUAUACUGUAUAACCAAAACCUCAAUUAAAAUUCAUUUUUGUAUUCAUCACACACUGGACUUUUUCUUAAGUUAUGGCCCACUGUUGUACUAUGGGCCACUUUAACUGGCACGCACACCUCAGAUUGGAAUCUGUAGCUUGAAACUCCCUGCCUCUUCACUGUAUUAUUUUAGAUGCCUACUGAAAAUGUUUUUGAAAAUGGCCUUGAUUGAGCAUUUAUUCUUACUUGUUUAUGGAGUGGUUAUACAACAAUGAGCAUUUAUCUUGCAUUCAUCUUGGCUGGCUUGUGGGGUGUUUGAAUGUCUUCCCAUUAGUCCUUCAUUUGUUUUACAGCCUUGAAUGUAUUUCCCUGUCACUUUUCAACAUUAAAAAAGGUUGAUUCUUUUUUUAUAUGUCGAUUUGUUGCUCUAGAGCAGAGAGGGCUUUAAUCCACUUUAAUUAGGGAAACCUAAAUCUACAGUAUGCACUGAACUCCUCCUACAUAUUAGUGACAGUCUGGAGUCAUGAAUCUUAAUAGUGAACUUGUGUAACCAAAGCAGGGCUAGGGAGUAGCAAGAGGGAGAUGGAUGCUUGGAGAAAUUCUAAGGCUUACUUACAGGUAAUCUUGGCCCAACUGCACUGGCUACCAAUUAGCUUCUGGACCCAAUUCAGUGUACUUAAAUGGCUCAGGCCCACAAUACCUGAAGGACUGCCCCUCCCCAUAUAAACCACCCCAGUUUCUGUGUUCUUCAUCUGAGGCCCUUCUUCAUAUGCCUCCUCCACAUGAGGUCUGGAGGGUGGCAACACGAGAACGGGCCUUUUCAUCCUUGGAUACUUCAAUUCUUUCUUUCUCACAUAUACAUUUGUUUCUUGUAACAAAUCAGUUGCAGUGAAUACGUGAGAUUCCAAGGAUAUCUGGGGGCUGAGAAUUCCCUUGAGCUACAUAGAAAGUUGCCAUAUUUCAGGGCAGGCAGUUUGGGCCCAUUUAGCCCACUGCUGUCUUCCAUGAUGAUUGGCAGCUGCUCUCCAGCCACCCUGGGACUUUCUGCAUACAAAGCAAACGCUCUGGCUUCUUGAAGCUGUAGCCCCGCCCUUUCCUCAGACAUUUUUGAAAACAGAGUUAUAGAAUCUCUUCAGCCCCAGGGUAGGGAGGUUGAUCACCAGUCCUUCCCAAGCAGCUAUGCUUAGUAAGGAACCUGGGCAACGUGUCCUGCCUUACCAACCUGAAGCUUUUUAGCCACUCUGCAUCUUCUUGGGCAUUCAUUUCCCUAAGGGGAUUCUCCUAUUCAUCCCUCUUUUGAACUUUCAAAUAAGGACCUGGGAAAUAGUAACUAUUUUCUCUUGGCUUCUUUGAGAAAAGAGCAUCACCUAGCUUUGAAGACUUAGAUUUAAAUGGAAAAGCUCCUGUUUGCAAAGCUCUAAGUAGCAUGGCUCAGGUAUGCACAUGUUUAGAGAUGGGAAGGCCUGGAAAACCCCCCGGAAAAAACCUGUCCAUCCGUUCCCCCCAUUUUUUCUGGGUUUUUCCCCCCAGGCCUUCUCAUGCAGCCUCUGGUCUAAAAGGCUGGUGAGCUGAAGAAAGAAGGCUCAAGCUUAGGCUGCGAUCCAGUUGCCACCUACCUGGGCGUAAACCCCAUUGAAUACAACAAGGCUUACUUCUAAGGAGACAUGUAUUGGCUUGCUGUGUUAGCAACCAGAUUGGCCCAAGGCCAUUGUGGGAAUCAAAAACGUGGUAGAAAAAAUAUUAAAACAUGAUGUGUUUUUUACAGACGCAAGCCAAAUCUAACCAGCCACCGUAUUUGGUUUGAAACAAGUUGGGUGGUGGUAGAGGAGGAGGACAGUGAGACCAGUGGAUCAGCUGAAGCUCCUCAAAUUGUGUACAGGACUAAAACAUUUCUGUGACACAGGUUUGCUGUAAUGUUCCUUAUCAGUUUCUUCCCAGGCAUUUGUUCUUCUUUUCCCAACUUACAUCUUCUGGAGCAGAAGGGAGCAAAGCGAGUGAGGAAGCAUGACUUGACUUUUCCAUUCCGAUUGAUUCCAACUUGGCUGGGAGUUUGGGAUUCCUUUUCCUCAAUUGACCUCUUUGUUUCCUGAAGUCAGAUGGGCAGGCGGGGGCUACACAUAACAAUUUGUGCUGAGAUGUGAAAUGGCUAACGCUCUUUCCUACUCCCAGGUCUGGGAAGGGCAACUGGAUUAAAAAAACCUUUCUGUGUAAACAUCCACACACCCUGAAUGUGUGCAUAAACACAGCAUUCGCACACACUGCACCUUCUCAGCUGAUCUGUGUCUAAUUAGUUACAUAUUACUACAUUUCUAUAUCAUCUUACCCCCAAAGAGCUCAUUGCAGGAAUAUGUGCUUUUCUCCUCUGCAUUCACUCCUCGAAGCAGCCUGGUGUGAUAGGUUAGGCUGAGUGGUAAUAACUGGCCCAAGUUCACCCAUUGAACGAUGGCUGAGCGGGGAGUCUGACAAUCUAACCGCUAUACAACUCUUGUUACCUCUUCACUCAUCAAAUCAGGAAGGAGCAAUUUGCAUCCCCAUCAGGGCACUGGGCUAAGCAGAGAGGUCUCUGCCCCAUCCCAGUGCUGGGUCUACCUUUAUUCUUUUUCCUGCCUCUCCCAAGUGGGGGAUCUAGUAAGGAUGUGGGUGAGAGAGAGAAAAAUGUACUUGUGGGGACUGGGCAGAGAGUUACCGUAUUGGCCUGAAUAUAAGCCUUGCUUUUUCCCCAAAUCCUGACCGUGAAAAGUUAAAGUGCGGCUUAUAUUCGCAACCUUACGGUAUGCAUAUAUUUGGAUUUUUUUCCCCUCUCCCCCCCCUUUCCAGUUUUAAAGGUGCAGCUCAUAUUCGGGUGCGGCUUAUAUUCAGGCCAAUACGGUACCCAGCUGUGACCCAGAGAUUCAGCAUGGGCUCUGUGGUGUGGGUUUUUGAAAACAGGCUUUAAAACUCUUUUCAGAAAUAGCUUAUAGGGGUAUCGGAAGGCCUGCUUAUAUGGUUCUGAGCAAAGUGUCACAUAAUGUAAAAUAAAAGGUCUACUCCAGUGCUGAGAUUUAUAAAGAAAAACUGUCAAUUAUUUUUUGUUGUUGUUGCCAAGAUGAAGCUUGAAAAUAUUGGUGGAUUGCAUCUGAAGAUGACCCUCCCAGUUAAAUAUUAUUGUAUACCCAUACCUGGGGGAAAACGUUUACUAAAACAGCAAUUAAAAUUAAAAAAAUAUUUUGCAUUCAGAACAUCGAGUAUAAAAGCAGUGCUAUCUUGUGUUGUCUGCCUUUUGGUCAACACGUGCAACAUGGCUUUUAAUCAGUCCUUGAGAUGACUGCCUCUAUAAGGGAAGCUGCUGGUUUGCAUCAGCUCCCUGCAGACAUCUGCUGACUUUCUCCACAGCUUCCAGAAGCCGGAAGCUCUCCUUGGCAACUGUAUCGGGUACUCCAGUUGUGAGACAGAAAUGUUUCCUUGUCAUGAAGCUGCACCUGUUGAAUUUCUUCCAGUUUUGCUGCUGUAAAAGGCUUAGAAGCCUUUGCCGGGAAAGAAGUAGGAAAUAAUCAAAGCACUUGGCAAGAGCAAACAAACCUCUUUCCCUGACACGACUAUCCCCAGCUCUUUCUCUCAAUUAGAGCUGUACUUCUGGGGCCUUGUUGGCAGAGGCUUGGAGUCUGAGCUGAUUGAGCACUUCUCUGUGCUUUGCUAGUUUCACAUUCUCCGAAGCCAUCUCUACUAUUUUAAAAAGGUAGCUGCAUUAGGGAAAACCAGUUCGUCGUGCCAAGGUCUGGCCCUUUAGUUUAAGGAUUCAAUCCAAGAGCAAUAUUCUAACAAUACAAGAGAGGUGUGCCGCCACCCCCCGGCCCUGACACUGCAGUAACAACCAUUAUUUUAAAAGAAAAUGGAACAUUGGAAUCUUUUUGACCCCUGGCUAUGACAUCCACAAGCUGAGAAAGUCAGUAUGAUAAGUGACAAAGCAAAUUUACAGAGCGCUCUUUGUAUGUGUGUUGAAAAACUACAAAAGGAGCGGGGUUGGAUCUGAGCAUCCAGACCAGAGGCAUUGGCGAUCAAAUUUAGGCAUCAGAACUUUCUUUUUAAAGGAAAUGUACACUGUGAGUAGCAAUCAACAUGUUCUGAAAAUCUUGAUGCCAAACUUAUCCGUAGGACUUUUUCUAGUUUCUGCCUUGCUCCUUGAUCUUGAUGAGGAGCAAGUUUUUUUUUUUACUGGUUUUGCUAAAACCACGAACAAUUCUUGCAUUAUUAUACUGGAACAUUAUGUACAUGUGCACUUCAAGUUAGUAUCCAGCACAUCAGCAUACAACAAUGCAUACAACUCUGUAAAAGUGCUUAGGUACAAUAUUUACAAAAAUUAUAUUGUAGAAAUGUAGUACUGUAUUGCAUGGGGAUGACUUUUUUAUGUAUGAUAUAUGUUUGUUCCUGCUUAUAAUUUUGCAUAUGAUUAGCCAGGCUUCCUUUUUCUUUAACCAGCAGUGCAUGAAUGACUUGCACUUGAUGGAAAGAAUGGUUCAGUGUGGACAAAUUCCAUGCAUACAUCUGUUUAAAAAGGAUUCCUCCUCCAUCCCCAACUAUGAGUGCUCAUCUUAUUUAUUUCAUGAAAUGCAUCACCCAGAAAAAGCUUCUUUCACUUGCAGAACAGUUCAGUUUCUGGUCCUGAAGCCUCUUGCUAAAAAUAGACUGAUGGAACCGUGAGGCCUUUCCUGCCCUGCCCUAUUCAUAAUAGGAGGUGUCAUGUUUUCCCUGCCCCAGCUUUAGCUCUGAAAGGGAUUUUUGUAAAGUUUGCUUGAGCCUGGGAGCAGAGCAAAAACUUUGCAUCAGAAUUCAAAAUGUCCAGACCCCCAGCUAAAUGCAGUAUUAUAUUUGUACCUAGGAAAGGAAAGAGAAUAGAGAGAGAAAAGAACACUGGGGAGUGACUUGAGGAGAGUUUUAUGAGAAAACAUGAAAGGGGGAUGGAACUAUAUAACAUAUUGACUCAAGCUUAGUGUACGUGUAACACUGGAGAAUUGUGGUUGGAUUUCCUGUAGUUUUAAUGAGGUCCUUCAAAUUUUAUUGAACCAAUGUGGGGCCAGGUGGAGGAGGUAUUUACUCCUCUCCCUCCUCUCUUGAAGCUCCAAUUUUGGAGCCCCCCCCCCCAAAGGCACCAAAGCAAAACCCAAAAAUAUCAGGAGAUCUGAUUGCAGAACUCCUGUGUAAUAUGUAAUCUGUCUCUAAAUGGCUGGCUGGGACUGAUGGGAGCUGUAGUCCAAAAUGAAUGGAGGACACCAGGUUGAGAAAGUCUUCUAUAAUGAGGAGGAUAGUAAGACACAUGGACUAAUAGCUGCAGUGGCCGUUUGCAGAUAUGUUACUGAGGGUAUAGUCCUAAAGCAGACUUGCCUGGGAAUAAGCCCCAAUGGACACCGUGGGAGUUCUGGGUUGUAACCAAUCAAGUUUUACACAAGAGUAGACCCAUUGAAAUUCAUGAACCCAAUUUAGUCAUGUUCCUGAAUUUCAGUGGGUAUAUUCUGAGUAAAACUUAGCUGGGUACAGCCCAGUAUUGUUCAUGUUUUUGAAAACUUAGCCAACAGAAACGUUUGUAUAAGGCACCCACCGGGUUCCAAGUAUAAAGAAAAGCAUAGCUGUCAACUUUUCUCUUUUCUUGCAAGGAAUCCUAUUCGGAAUAAGGGAAUUUCCCUUAAAAAAAGGGAAAAGUUGACAGCUAUGAAGAAAAGUAUUAAGGAAUAAGGGCAGAAAAGAAAAGCAGGCGUUUCCCAUAGAUCUUUUUUCUUUUUGCUUCUUCUUGCAGAAGUCAGAAGUUUUGCUUUUAGCUUUGGUGUCUUAUGACCUAGAAAGAAUUGCAGCUUGUGUUAAGGCCAAUAGGAUCACAGUGGACGCUGUCCAAAAAAACUUUCGUCACUUUCAGAAUUAUUCAGUUUCUGGGAUCUAGAGUCUCUUGCUAAAAACAGACUGGUGCGAGGCCUCUGCUGCUGUUCACUGCACUAUUCAUAGUAUGAAAUGCCAUGUAUUCCAAGCUCUUACACAGGCAGCUGCUUUAUACGGACUGAUGCCAUUGGGUCCAUGUAGCUCAGUAUUGUCUACACUGACUACAGCAGCUCUGCUGGGUUUCAGACAGGGAAUCUCACUCAGCCCUGCCUGGAGAUGCUGGGGGUUGAAUCUGGGGCCUUCUGCAUGCAAAGCAGAUGCUCUACCCCUGAGCUACAGCCCUGAAAGGCUUUGGCAUUGUGCAAUAAAAAAGCAGUUUGUUUUUAAGGUGCCACAAGGCUUGAUUUUGCUGCAACAGACACCUGUUCCUCUAGAAACCUAGAAAAAAAAUCAGAAGCUUUCCCAUUCUCUCUCUCUCUCUCUCUCUCUGGGACCAUUCCGUUUUAGGCUCCUCCCCUCCUGACUCCUUUUCCAAGGGAAGAAGUAGGACCACACCUAAUUCCUAAAUCACAUGUGACUGUGACUCAGCAGAUAAUUAGUGAGUCCCUGAACAGGCUUUUUUUUUUCUUGAGAAGUAGAUGGUACUGCUAUGCUGUACUUUCAGUUCCUGGUGUGCUGGGGACCUUGUGAUGAUUGAGUGGGAAGAACUGUUCUACAAAGCUACAUGUUGGCACUUCAGCCUUCACUCAAGGAGACUGAUUAAGGCUACAAUCCUAAUCCCAUUGACCUAGGAGAAAGCCCCACUGAAUGUAGUAGGGCUUACUUCUGAGUAGAUGUAAUUAGGCAUGUGCUAUAAAUGCCUUAAAGAACCACAGGCUGUGUAAAUGAGUCCAGUUAAAGCAGAAAACAUCAAGGAUGUAUGCUGAGCAAGCCAUCACUGGUGGUUAGACCAAGGUUGCUGCCACAAGAAUGCAAGAGUGACAUGUUUUUAGCUCUGGCACUUUGCUAACUUACUUCCUACCUGUAUUUGGCUUCUGAUUCCAUGGUUUCUGAAAAGCAAAUGCAGUUGCUGGUGACAAUGUGGGGCAAAGAGAAGGAAGUAGCUUUGUCUCUCUCUCUCUCUCUCCAUCUCUCCCCACUAUACACAGAUGUGGGAAGUUUUCUCUCUCUCGCCGCAACAAGCUCCAUCGGCUUGUACUGCCUGCAGCGGAGUGAUAAAGAAGAAGCCAUGCUUUGUUUUCAGAGAAACAAUUGCUAUGUUGAGAGGUUGAACAAGGGGAGUUUGUAGUGGACAAACAUAGAAAGUACAACUGUAUCUUAGAAUGGGGUGACGGCAGUGGUGAGUCAGAGGGACAAGGGAGUGAGAACUACCAGGCAGAAGACAGCUAGCUCUGUUGCAUGCCUGUUGGCUUUCUGGAUGCAUAGUGUUCUGCCUCUCUGCGACAUGGGUGCCUCUGCGACAUAAAGCAGUGGUGUGAAAAGCCUCCUGGUACGUGAGAGAAAUCUGCUAUGUGCUGCCUCUCUACAUCAGCCCCUCUGUCUUUGGGAGGGCCAUAGCUGGAGUAGAUUUCUUCCACGUGACAUAGGGCUCCUCAAGGAGUUGCCCUGAAGUGGCUCCUACCGCAGAAAGCUAACAUGGGAAGGUGGACAUGGACUGUUUACUACACACCAAAGGCAACUUCUGUUCAUUUCAACCUAAAUCAGUCCAUUCUGUAUGGACACAUUAUCUGAGUUUUAGCUAGCUGGCUGUAGUGUAAGCUGAGAGUUCAAUUUAUUGAACUGACUUGGUGUAGAGAAAAGCAACGAGCAUGUACCUCCCCUCACUUCCUGCAGCCAGUUUUUUAAUUGAUUGUACUUCUCUUUCAAAGUACAGACACAUUUUUUCAUAAUAUUGCGCCAUCUGGAGCUAAAAAGGUGUCAGCAAGAGGCCUUGCUUUCCUCUGGAGUACCAGUGGUGAGCCAUUUCCAUUAGGCCAUGCCGAUUGUUAUUUUGUCCAGUUUAGCAUUUCUUGCCAGAUAAGACUUUGUAGUGCUCUUAUUUUUUUGUCCCCUGCUGGGAUCACAUCUACUUGGAUGGUCCGCCCCUGCCACUUAAUGGAUCCAAAUGCUUUAUCCCAUGUUGAUGGCCUUUCAGCUGAUUCCCUGGUGGCCCGCUGGAAUGCGGAGUUAACCAGGGCUAUUGACUGUCUGGCUCCGAAGUGCCCUCUCCAAUUGCAUGGAGCCCGGACAGCCCCGUGGUUUUCUUUGGAGCUGAGGGCAAGGAAACAAUUGCUGAGACAGCUAGAGUGUCAGUGGCAGAAAACUCAUUCUGAAUCGGACCGGACACGGGUUAGAGCUCAACGUCGAGCCUACCAAGUGGCGAUAGCGAUGGCGAAGAAGACUUUCUUCACUGCCUCUAUUGCAUCUGCAGAAAAUAGUAGCAGGAGACUCUUUCAGGUGGUUUGCAAUCUAACGGAACCACCUUUACCACCGGGGUCUUUGUAAAGACCCCAAGAUCUCCUGCAACGAUUUUGCAAAGUUUUUUGCAGAUAAAGUCGCUCAUAUUCACAUAUUCAGAAGGAGGUAGACACCACCGUGGGAGUAGGGCCGGGGCAGGAAAGUGCUAGAGCCCUGUCUGGUCAAGUUGCAUGGAAUCAAUUUCAAUCCAUUACCCCCGAGGAUGUGGACAGGCUGCUUGGAUGUGUGAAACCAACUACCUGUCUCCUUGAUCCUUGCCCACCCUGGCUAAUAAAAGCAAGCCGGGAAGGGCUGGGCGAUGGGCUCUGCGGGGUGGUGAAUGCUUCUCUCUGUGAGGGAGCAUUCCCAGAUCCGCUGAAAGAGGUGGUCAUUAAACUGCUUCUUAAAAAAAAAAUAUCUUUAGACCCGGCCAGUAUGGCCAACUAUCGCCCAGUCUCAAAUCUUCCAUUCUUGGGCAAGGUGAUUGAGCAGGUGGUUGCUGAACAACUCCAGGUACGCCUGGAGGAUGCGGACCAUUUGGAUCCUUUCCAAUCGGCUUCAGGGCUCAUCAUGGGACUGAAACUGCCUUGGUCACGCUGGUUGAUGAUCUCCGGCAGGCUAGGGACAAAGGUGAGAGCUGUUUCCUAGUUCUGCUGGAUCUCUCAGUGGCCUUUGAUACAAUCAACCAUACCAUCCCUUCUGGACUGUCUAGAGGGGCUGGGAGCUGGGGGCACUGUCAUACAGUGGUUCCUCUCCUUCCUCCUGGGCCAUGUUCAGAAAGUGGUGGUGGGGGAUGAGUGUUCAGACCCCUGGGCUCUCACUUGUGGGGUGCCUCAGGGUUCUGUCCUCGCCCCCAUGCUUUUUAACAUCUACAUGAAGCCGCUGGGAGAGAUCAUCAGGGGGUUUGGGCUGGGUGUUCAUCAAUAUGCAGAUGAUACCCAGCUCUACCUCUCUUUCAAAUCAGAACCAGUGAAGGCGGUGAAGGUCCUGUGUGAGUGCCUGGAGGCGGUUGGAGGAUGGAUGGCUGCUAAUGGAUUGAGGUUGAAUCCUGACAAGACAGAAGUACUGUUCUUGGGGGACAGGGGGCGGGCUGGUGUGGAGGACUCCCUGAUCCUGAAUGGGGUAACUGUGCCCCUGAAGGACCAGGUGCGCAGCCUGGGAGUCAUUUUGGACUCAUAGCUGUCCGUGGAGGUGCAGGUCAAAUCUGUAUCCAGGGCAGCUGUCUACCAGCUCCACCUGGUACGCAGGCUGGGACCCUACCUGCCCACAGACGGUCUCGCCAGAGUGGUGCAUGCUCUAGUUAUCUCCCGCUUGGACUACUGCAAUGCACUCUAUGUGGGGCUACCUUUGAAGGUAACCCGGAAACUACAACUAAUCCAGAAUGUGGCAGCUAGACUGGUGACUGGGGGCAGCUGCCGAGACCACAUUACACUGGUCUUGAAAGACCUACAUAGGCUCCCAGUACGUUUCCGAGCACAAUUCAAAGUGUAGGUGCUGACCUUUAAAGCCCUAAACGGCCUCGGUCCUGUAUACCUGAAGGAGCGUCUCCACCCCCAUCGUUCAGCCCAGACACUGAGAUCCAGCGCUGAGGGCCUUCUGGCAGUUCCCUCAUUGUGAGAAGUGAGGUUACAGGGAACCAGGCAUAGGGCCUUCUCGGUAGUGGCCCCUGCCCUGUGGAACGCUCUCCCAUCAGAUGUCAAAGAGAUAAACAACUACCUGACAUUCAGAAGACAUCUGAAGGAGAUAAACAACUACCUGACAUUCAGAAGACAUCUGAAGCCCUGUUCAGGGAAGUUUUUAAUGUGUGACAUUUUAGAGUAUUUUUGGUCUUUGUUGGAAGCCGCCCAGAGUGGCUGGAGAAACCCAGCCAGAUGGGUGGGGUACAAAUAAUAAAUUAUUAUUAUUAUUAUUAUUGUUAUUAUUAUUAUUACUCAUUUUAGUCUUUAUGCAAAUCUGAAAUGCAACUGAUAUGUUCAUAUUUGCCCCAAUAACCACCUGUCUCAUGCAAUUUCUAGGCAGGUCUGGAAAUAAGUAUUUAACAACAACAACAAAAGCUCUGCUCUGGGAGAGAGCAGCAGAAGAGAUCCCAGCUGUGGUCUUUUGGCUUUCUGGAGUGUGGGUCGAGGGGAAGCAAACCUAAUUCUGGUGCAACACAUGCCACUAACAGCUUCCUUUCUAGUGCUCUGCUGCCUGAGGAAUGUGAUAAUGGCUACCAUAAAUGAAAUGUCAAUGCAUGAGCUGAUCAGCAUUUUUUGCUGCUGUGUGUAAGAUGCCUAAGAGCUGGUUGUGAGUAAGAAAGAGCGUCAGCUCCUCUGAAACACCAGCUCCUGACGUGGUGAAAAUGCUCCACCAAGAUACCCUCAAUUAUGUUUAAUAUAACACUUGUCUGGGUAAACUAGGAAUAGUCAAAACAGAUUCUGAAGCUGCAGGGAUGUGGGGUGGGCUGGUGUAUUCUUGAUCUAUGUGUUGAAAUCAUAUACUCUUUUAAUGUUGUUGAAGCCAGAAACUCUCUACUACACUCCCCCCUUUUCCUCCUAAGGAGAGACUUUCGUUCUUCAUUGAAGAAGUUUGUGGUGUGCUCAUUAUGAAAGAGAGUUCCCCUGGCUGAGUCGCAGGCUGUAACAUUAUGCUGUUAUCGGGCAGGGUGCUGAAUGCACCCAGAUAAGCAAGGCAAAUGGAGGGAGCUCACAGAACUCACAUGGACCCAGUCAGACUAGACUUCCUUCUGGUUUUGCAUCUGAAGCAGUGAACUUAGUCAUUGGCUUUUUCCAGUGCUUUAGAUGAGUCUUUAGAUUCUUCAUUAUUAUUGGAGCCAACCACAAUUCCCCACCCAUGAGGCUACGUGGUUAAAUAACUUCCUUAGUCAUUCACUGUAGGGCAAUGAUGGAUAUGGUUACCUGAAAUAAUGCCUUCUGCCAUAUGGACCUAACUACAUUGUAAGAUCCUAUGCCAAAGCCCUGGCUUAAAGUGCCUCUGCCAAAUGAAGUGUGGUGGGAAAAACCAGUUGGCCCUGGGAAUUGACUGGUGAGAGGAUCAUUUUAGCACUGGCACCCUGCUCAGGGACUGAGUUUCCUACAGAGUUUCUUCCACCUUCAUAAUGGCCUUUUGGGUACCAGGAGGUGAAGAUGUUCCUGUUCACUCCAAGCUUCUAAAUACCCUGUGUUUUAUGGUCUUAGUUUUAAAUUGAGCAUAAAAUUGUAUUUUUAAAUUGUGUCACUUUUGUUAAUUGUGCCGUCCCUGCUCUCCCAGGCCACUUUGUGAGCCAUCCAUAGAACUCCUUACGAUGGGGCGGCUUCAUAAAUGCAGAAAACACAACUCAACAGAUAAAUGUAGACAAGGUGGUGACUGGUGGUUUAUUCUGCUGCUGCAGCAGCAGUUGCUGUUUAAUCUAGAUGAAGCCCUUGGACACAAAGGCUUUUCAAGCACAGAGCUCCCUGGCUUUCCUUGGUACCGCCUUACUUCAUACUGUAGCUGCUGCCUCCAGAGCAUUCUCUUUGAGCCGAGUGUGUUGGGAGGUGGAGUUCUGCGCCACUCCCUUUGCCUCAAUUAGUCUCAUGCUUGAGGCCUGACUCAGAGGGACAGGCUGCCAGGUUGGAGAGCCAAGAAUAGAACAACUCUGCAGGAAGAGACAUCUGUAUUGCAUGUGGCACCAGAGUACACAAGGAGCUGCAACCUGCUUAAUAGUUGCACCGCCUGUUUUCUUUGCUAAUUGUUGUACAGUGGUACCUCUGGUUAAGAACUUAAUUCAUUCUGGGGGUCCGUUCUUAACCUGAAACUGUUCUUAACCUGAGGUACCACUUUAGCUAAUGGGGCCUCCCGCUGCCUUGCGAUUUCUGUUCUCAUCCUGAGGUAAAGUUCUUAACCCGAGGUACUACUUCCGGGUUAGCGGAGUCUGUAACCUGAAGCGUUUGUAACCCGAAGUGUUUGUAACCUGAGGUACCACUGUACUGUCUACCGAGUUUGUACCUCAACACGGAGCAUGUGCUUAAGAUGCACCUAUUUGGGUGGUUGAAUAUUGGACUUCCUGCUCUUCUUCCAUAUUAAAGCAACAUUUAUUUUUUACUAACAUAUAUUGGAACUUUGCAAAACCACAGCUUUUUAGCGUUAGAUUUGUAUGACACAUUGGUUGGGGAUGUAAUUCUUCUGCCAGGAUUUUGGCAUCCAAGGCAGCUAGCAUUAAAAAAUAUAGAUCUGUAAAAAAACAAACCAGUCAAGAGAAAGAGAGGCUUAACUAAAGAAUCAUGGCAAGAAAAAUUGACGGACCAUGUAGAACUGGCAAAACUGACAUAUAAGCUACGGGACAAGGAUAACUGUGACUUUAAGGAUGAAGGGGAACCCUUUACAAAGUAUCUGAAGACGCAACAAAGUGAACUGGACUCCUUGGCAGGUUUUGAAUAAACAUUCACAAACUUUUGAUUGAUAAUAAUCAGCUAAAUAGUUGAUCUAUACAACUUUGUAACAUGCAGAAAACAGCAGUCUGAGAGAAACCGAAGACUGGAACUGAGGGAAGUCAGGGGGGUGGGGGCAGGUGGGUUUUAUGUGGGAGGGUGGAGGGAGGGAGGAAAAAUGGGAAAACAAGGAUGAUAUGCUUUUGGAUAAUAUUUCUUGUUUUAAUUUUGAAUAAAAGAACUUUAUAAAAAAAAGAGAAAGAGAGGCUUGAACCAUCCCAAACGUACAUAUAUCUGCCAGGGUGGUGGUAGCGACAGCAGGGGGAAUAUAAAAUCUGUAGAGUAGUGGUAUUGCAUCGUAAGUAGGUCUCCCAUCUAGCAAAGCAUUUCCAAAAUGAUUUCAGGAGGUGAGUUAGGCCAGUAGAAAUGGUUGUUUCAAAUCCUUUGAUCAUUGUCUGUUGGUUCUAGAAAUCUGCUCUGUAAAUCACUCUUUAAACAUAAUGUAAACAAAUUUUCUUCUUUUUUUUAUAAAAUAUUUAUUGAGAUUUUCAAAGUGUUACAACAUAAAAUAAAAGCAGAAGAAAAUACAAAAUAAAAAUAGUUAACAAAGUAGAAAAAGAAAAAAAAAACCCCUUCCAACCAUACGAAUACAAAUUCAAAAAUAAGACAAAAAGACACACACAAAAAAAACAAAAAUACAAUUUAAGAACAUUUAAAAACAAAUUCAUUAUUCUCGAAUCCUCAACUGUCAUUACCUUCUUUCUUUGACCGCCUCCUCCUCCCUUUCUUUGUAUCCUAGUUAUUAAUUAUCCCAGCAAAUCCUUUCCAUAUUUCAUAAUAUUCUGUCAUUACAUUACCCUAAACAGUUUUAAUCUUAUCUUUCUAUAAGAAAAUAAACCUUAAAGCUUAAAACUUAAAUCUUAUCCUUACCAACUUCUCAUAACCAUAAUAUUCUUUCAUAAUUCUUUAAACAUCUUUACUAAAGCCGAGUAAUUUCAUUCCAACAUUUUUCUGAGAUUCAUCAAUUUUAUAAAACAGUUCUAAUGUUAGAAAAAAGAAAUACAAACAGAUCCAAUCUUCAUCCAACGUCCCUUCCUCCUGGUUCCGGGUUUUGUCAGUCCUUAUUAUCCCAUCGAUCUGGCCCAUUAACCUGGCAACCUUAUAUCCGAGGCCCUCAAGUCUCUUCCAUGUCCCUUUCGCAGCUCUUCUUCAUAUUUGUAACUGUAUUUUCCCUUGUCUCCUGCUCGUGGUAACUCCAGCUUGGCAAUAUUUUUAACCCUUCUCGACAGAUCAGCCCCUUUUCCAUAUUCAGCACUGAAUUCCAUAUGGUAUUUAAAAGCAUGUUUCAAAGACCCUCCAAAAUUAAGAGUCCCCACCAUCCCAAACAUCUCACGGCCCAUUGCCAGAUUUGAAAAGUCCAAACAUCCCAGCAUAGGGGGGUCAAUCCAGCCCCCCAUUUCCAAGCCAAACCAAACUUUUUCUUUCCAAAUCUGGCUUUUUCCAAGUUCAUUUGUCAGAUCCGAAAACUCAUAUUCCUGUUGGGCCUGUUCUGUCAGGACACACUCCUGAUUUAAUUCCUGGGUGGGCUCCACAUAUUUUCCCACUGUCUGUUCAAAAUUUCCCACUGCCUGUUCAAAAUUUCUAGUCGAAGUCGUCAUCAAAUUCACCUUCUCAUGUAACUGUUCCAGUAGGGCAUUUGUUUUGUAGAAAGCACACAACAAAGCUUCUGAAUACAUUGUCCUGCAAGGUCAAAUGCCUAUUCCCACGAUUGUAAUCUGUAAACAGCUGCCGGCUCCCUGGAGUUGGUUACAGUUUCACAGUCUCCCUCUAGGGGGAAAACUUCUAUUUGAUCUUGCAACAAAGUUUCCUUUUUAGAGAUACUUUGUCAAUAUUUGUUCCUUUGAAAUGCGAAGGGAAACAGUGGAAUCACUAUGUUUCUCUUCUUUUAGCUAUCUGUCAAAAACGUUUGUCUCUGGUCAAUGAACUUCAAACGUCAGUCCUGACACCCCGCUCCAGGAUCAGGACGGAGGAAAGUUGCUUUACUUUAAACUCACUUUAAACAAUCCAAAAAAGAUCCCCCUUCUCCUGCUGUCGAAGGGGGGUUCCACAAUUUUAAAUGAUGAAAUCCAAUCCUUUAAAAGCGAUUUUCUGAGCUCUAGUUUACGUUGUCUUUGCUUUAUUCUGUCUACAGAAGAACGGAAGGCUGACUUCCUGUUUAGACCUUCCCGUUCCGUACCAAAUUGAAAUAGAUUUUUAAGAUCCAAUUCCUUUCUGCUCGCAAGUCCCCAUCUAAUGUCCAGUUGUUCAAAGUCUAAGUACUCACGGGUGCUUAUUUUAGAGUCCAAAUUGUCCCAGGAAAAGGCAGCGCUCUCCGGCAACGGCGAGGCGGCUUCGCUCCACGGAAAUAGCAGUUGACUCACAGCACCGCGCCACUUCCCCUCUUCACUUCGGAGCUCGUUAGUGGGUUCCUUUGCGAGUUGGGGGGGCGCUAAAGGUGCCCGCCGAGUCCCAUGGUCACAGGCUUCAUCCGCCUGUGAUUUUUGAAAGGGUCCCCGCUUCGCCGUAGCGGAGAAGACCCGUUUCCCGCGGAGCUAGUCCCUCCAGUUCAGAGGGAGUCCGCCAUUGCCGAUGGCGCCACCCCGGAAGUUCAUAAUGUAAACAAAUUUUCAAGGAUAGGAAAGGGAGGUGCAUAAGACAUCAUUCUACUCUUGGCACUUUGCCAAGUACAACAAAGAGUGACGACUAGAAUGUAACCUUGGUGACAAAUGGUCAUUAGAGAAAAUUACCUGAGUGCGUUAAGUAUUUGUAUCUGCUUUAAUCUUGACUAGUUCCUGUAUGGUAGCUCCACAGUAUUUUGGUACUUGGACAGAGAGGUCUUGCUAGUUUUGUGUUUAUUGUUUAGUUGUUACAAAAACCCCCCAACAACUCUGGCAGUUUCUUUUUAAUGCAGGCUAUAUUUCUAAGUACUGUACUGGAAUAGGAACCACUAUUUCCUCCAUUCCUUUGGCUUUGCUCUUGCUCCCUGGCCUGCCCAGGGGGCCUUGAUAAUUGUUCUCUCAAAUACCCCCUUCUGGAUUUCAACAACACACACACGUGCCCCGCUCCAGGCAGGUAGGGAUGUUCCAGUCACCCAUUACCUGUUUAACUGGUCAUUUCUGCAACAUCUUCUCCUUCUGGCAGUUCUUUGGGCAUCUGAUCCAGUGUAGUUUAUGACCUUUGGAGUUGAACUAUUUGCUUUACUGUCAGAUAAAAGAAUUUGCUUGUUAUUGAGGAGAGGAGGGGGAGUGCAAAAAAAGAAAAAUGAGGUUGGACCAAGUGGCAAGUUCUGUUCACUUAAGGCCCAUCAAUUUCAACAGAAACUUAAGUAAAGGUGAGUGCAUCCCAUUGAUUUAAGUGUUGUCUAAUUUCAGUUUAGUAUGGAGGAUCUAAACCUUUAUAUCCCUUGACUUCUGCUGGAGUCUUGCUUUUGACUCGAGUCCUUGCAGCUGUCUAGAAUUGUGAAUUUAUAGAGGUGGGCUUUUUCCAUCCAAGGGCCAGUUCCUCAUAGGAAAUCUUUAGGAAACCACAUACCUGUGGUGGGCGUAGCCAGAGGUAAAAGUGGGCAAACAACAGAAGUGACACUUGCUUUUGUACCAUAGGCUGCGUUCCAGCCACACAAAAGUGCACAUGUUUUCCCAGUGAUCCAUCCAAAUAGGAGAUGCAGUAUUCUCAAAGUUCAUGGACGCAUUCCAGCCAAGCAAAAACCUUGAAGAAGGUUUCAGUGCAGGGCUGGUGAGGGCUGUGGCUUGAGGAGAGGCCCGAUAAAGGAAUUUGGCCUGAGGGUCCCCACCCAUGCUCUCCAAACACUGGAAGGUGCAUUCUCUGCACAUGUGACUGGGCGUCUCCCCUCAACUAUAUUCUUUAAGCCUAAUUAGGAUUGCUAGAUGUCCUUCGCUCUGUUUUCAAAGGAUCAAUCCUUACUUUGUGAAGCCAGUUUAGGAAAGCAUUAUGGGAUAGGAAAUUGUGACAUUAAAGAAUAAGGGAUAGUCCUUUAAAAUAAACUUCCUGCAGGAGAUAACGGGCAUGCCUUUGCCCUGUGUCAACACUAUAGAUCCAAAAUGCUUUUUGUAUUUCUAAAUAUUUUAAGUAAACUUAAUUUAACCCUGACCUUGCAGCUUCUUCCCUCGUGUGGGUGCUGUUUGCAGCAGUAUAAAUUCAGUGUAUUUGCAAAUGUGUAUAGCAAUGAUGGGGGAACUGUGUCCACUCUCUCCAGAUGUUGUUGGAGCUCUCGACUCCCAUUAGCCCCAGCCAAAUAUGGCAAGUGGUAAUCCAACACCCUCUGGAGGGCUGCGGGUUCCCCACUCCUGGUUUGCCACUGAAUUUUUCUCUCAGUUUGUUAAUUCCUUGUACUAUUGUUAAGCCAUUGCAGAAACUGGCCUUUGUACUUUUCAUUAUCCCUCACUCCUCAACCCUGUUAGGGUUUGAUCAGAUGAUAUCAAUGAGAAGAUACUUUAUAGCCAUAAUACCUUUUUCAUUAUGAUUUAGGAGAUCUCCCUUGGUCUCAUUCUAGCCACAGGAAAUGAAUGGGGCGUCUUUUAUGUGUGUUUUUUUUCAUGUACAUGGAGAGGAGAUAACAUGUGCUGAAGAUGAAAGCAAUGCUUCGAGAUAGGAAAGGGUGAUGUUUACAUAAGCUUCAGUAGUCUGGCAGAUGUAACUUCCUUGGCCUAUCAGUUCCCGUUUCCUUUAACUAAUAUGAAUUGUCAUAGCAGCAGUUUGAGGUGCCAGCAUCCAACCUCUUAUGUACAUACACAAGGCAGGAUAAACAAUAAAGUGCAAAUUAGUCUUUCGUGGACGGGAAGGCCAAGGUCUCAACAACCUCACUUUGGAAGAACCCAAUUAUAUCUGCCAGGCAAAAAGCUUUUCCUGACAAAUCUGUCUUUCUGGACCCAACCACAUUCUCUCUCACUUUCCCUCCAACUAAAAAGCCAUGGAAAAUGAGGAAGAAUGCUGCCCUUUGCACCAGUUUUUAAACUAAUCAUUAAACUGCUUAUCGUGACCCCUCCUUCCAUUUCUUUUCAGUACUCAGAACUGACUAGGGAAUAAUAGGACUGCCUUGCAAAUGUCAAUUCUGCAAAACAAGCAGACCCUUCCUUUUUCUCUGUGUUCAAGUUCUCCCUGUUUAUUCAGCGAGUGCCCCCUUAUACAUCCGGAAAGGAUUUGUUUGCCCUUCCUCUGAACUGCUUCUCACAAUGUUGUGUUGUCUUGCGAAAUUACUUUCUUUCACUUCUCCCUCUUCCCCCCCCAUAGGCCCCUGGAAGGAAAAAAUAAUUUUUGGAAAAGGGGGGGGGGUGUACGGAAAAUAUUGCAUCUGCUGUGGCAUGGAUGGCUGCCAUGUUCUCUUCUCCCUCCCCAGGGGGCUUCCAUAUGUUUGCCCACCUGUGACUGGUCAAAAUUAAUCUGUUCACACAGGGUCUCCUCUCCACAAGGAGUCUCCUCAGGAGAAAGUUGCCCUCUUUCCCUAGAGAACUAGCUUGCUUAGAAGCUGUGGGUGAGUGGGAACAAGCCAGAAAGGAGUGUCAAUGUUUUGCAACUGAGGAAGCGUACCAUCUUGGCAGCCUUUGGCCUCAUAGUCGGCACUUUUGUUUAAGCAGCCGCGGUUGAGGUACAGUUUGUUCCUAAAGAGGCCUAGGAGCAGCAACAUCUGUUUUUUAUAUUCAUUGGGACAUAGGAAGGAAAUUGCCAUCUAGCUCAAUACUGUCUACACUGACUGGCAGAGGCUCUUCAGGGUUUCAGGCAGGGGUCUCUCCCAGCCCUACCUGGAGAGGAUUAAAACCUGGGACCUUCUGCAUGCCAAACACAUGCUCUGCCAUUAAGGCUGAAUUUGUGACAUACAGAUUCCUUAAUCCCAGAGUUUGUAGCCUUAGCAUAUCCAGUCAUUGCCUAGCACCGUAGCAAGAUUGUGGACGAUACAAUUUUUCAAAAAAGGACUUGUUUUCCUGAUUGGAAUUUUUCUAGCCUUGUGAAUAAGUCUGCAGAAGUAACUGCUCUGCUUGCCUUGCCUGCCCCACACAUCUGUAGCAUAUCAACACACCCUGAAUGGGGACUGGGAUGGGGAGGCAACCAAAUUUCUUCCAGCGUUCACAAAAGCUUCCUUCACUGAUUGCCUGGCAUGAUUCUAACAUGCCACACAGGCUGCAUGCACACCAUACAUUUAAAGCACAAGAGAAUCCUGGGAGCUGUAGUUUGCUCCUCAAAGAGCUACAAUUCCCAGCACCUUUGAUAAAGUACCGUUCCCAGGAUCCUUAGAAGGAAGCUGCAUAGUUUAAACGUAUGGUGUGUACAUACGACUGGGCAACUGGGUAUACAACUCUGGCCUUGUCCUGUUGUAGAGACAAGCACAACCAUAGCACAGGGUGGGGCAUCUUAGGCCCCGAGGCAAAAUGUGGCCUCCAAGGCUCUCUGCCUGGCUUUUGGGACUCUCCGCAGGCCAUGCUCUUCACUGGCCAUGUUUCACAUUCUCCUCAAUUGGUUUUGCCCAGUUGAAAUAUGUCCUUGAACUCGGCCUGAGUGGAGGAUAGAGGCGGGUGGGUUAAGUGUGUGUAGAAAUCUUGCCUACUCUACAAAGGUGAAAUGUUACAUUCAUUGCUUUGCCUGCUUAUGCCUCUGGCCCCACCACCCACUGACAUGCAGCCCCUGGAAGAUUGCCCAAAACCAGCGCUUAAAAAGGUUCUUCACCCCAGCGAUAGCAUCUGUUCCUUUUACAUGCAAGAAGCGCUGACAAGCCAUGGAAUAAGCAGGCGCUGGGGCUGGGGAGGGGUUUGCUAAUGAGCAUCUUUCUGUUGUGGCCAUCCAUGUACGGUGGUAAGUGAAAACUCUGGGCUCGUUUGUGCUUGUUUUCCCUUAGAAGGGAGGGAUAUAUAAAUAUAUUAAAUAAAUAAAUAAAAGCUGUGCAUUCAAGCGCCCAACUGUGGGCAGGGCACUCUUGAGAAAUGGUUCUGGAAUUGCUAACUGGCAUCAGCGCAAAAGGGCUGGUUUGCUGUCCACCCUGAAGAAUGUUAAAAGGAAUCUCAGGACAGUGGUGGAAAUGAUUGUCAAUUUCUUCCUGUGUCUCAAACCUGAGUUAUCCUGAGGCUGUACUUCUCUCCCUUGGUCUCCCUCCCUCCCUCUCUCUCUUCUGACCAGCAUCAUGCACAAAGUCCUUGUGUGCAUAAUCAUUUGACAGGAAUUGUAACACCGGUAAUAUUAACUGCUGCAUAAUCAGCUGCUUUUUCGUCCAGGGUAGGCUUCUGGUUUUCUUCUUGCUCCUGGCACCACACACAUUCGAAAGGGCCGUCCUAUCUCCUGGGAGGUCAUACAUAUAUGAGCAACAGGUAAAAUAGAUUAGCUCCUUUAGGGAGUCACUGGAGAAAUCUGAAAUGAGAAUUGUUGGGCUUCUUUUAAAAGAUAUGCUGCUGACAUGCCAAGGCAUUGCUGUACAUAUACUGUACACCACUUGCUGCUCUACAGUGAAAUGUAAUGGAUCAGAAGUUGUGGAGCAAAGAAACUCCCUCUUUACUACUCCAUAUAAAUACGUUGCCAGUACCAGACCAGAGGUGCAUAUAGGCAAUGACUGUUUUAUGCGCAUUCAAAGCAGGCACAACCAUGCACGUGCACAUCACCACAAGCCAGAAGUGGCUGGAAAAGGAAGCGUCACGGGAGCAUGGCAUGGCGAGCUUACACAUGCUCUGUUGACGAGUGUGGGGGUCAGGGGUGCAACCCACACGCAAAACAGUUAUUGCCUAUACCGUAUUUACUCGAAUGUAAUGCACACCUUUUUUAGCCAAAGUAUGUGGCAAAAAUUAGGAUAUGCAUUAGAUUUGAUGCUGCAUUUACAUUUGCCAGAAAAAACUGUUUUUGGUUUCAAGGUUUUUGAAAAUUGAAGUGUGUGUGUUAGAUUCGAUGGCGCGUUAGAUUCACGUAAAUACAGUAUUUUAAAUUGUGGACACAAUUUUAAAUGACUGAAUGUGCUGUACAGUUUUAGGCUGCAGGCACUGAUUCAAUGAGCAUAUACUAUGCCGUCUUGCCUGUUGCCCUUAUUAAGCUUUUCAAAUUUAUUUAAGUCGAAUUAUAUAUGUUUUCCACUGUGUAACUAUGGUCUGAGGGAGGUGUGAGGGCAAUAUAUCAGUGGAAGAGUUCCUACUUUGCAUGCUGAAGCCCACCACCCCGAGGUAGGACUGGGAAAGACAGCUGUAUGAACCCCAGAAGAGCAACUCAUCAGCAUAUAGACAGCAGUGAAUUAGAUAGGCUAAUAGUCUGAUCUGGAAUAAGGCAGCAGCACCUUAUCAGGCAAGAGGAGGUGGCGAAGAAAAAGCUGUGUCUGUGUGGUGCCAUUCUCAAAGUCUUCAUUUCAUAACAAUCACGAGCUAUAAUGUGGAAGGUAGGGGUUUCUCAGAAAUAGCUGGAUUUGCCUUUUGAGAUGCAAGACGGAUCAUAAGAUGCAUGCAGGACUCUUGGGACGAGAAAAAAGGGACGUUACUCGGGGUUUUUUGAGAAGUUACUAGUCACUUAGUUCUCUCUCAAGUCCUAUAUGGAAUUCACACAUUCCUUUAAGAGCAGAGGAUAAAAAAUAAAGAGCAAAGUUGGUGGAGAUUAUCAAUGACACUGCCUAAAAAUUAAACAGUUAACAAGUGCCAAAGCAUUGCGCUUGAAGGAGACAUGCCCUCCAACCCCUGCUAGCCAACUUCAGGUAGUAAUAUGUUCUUCCUUUAGUCUUAGGAUUCUGCUACUACAGCCUUCAUCCACCUGAUGCCCUCCAGGAGUUUCGAAGCACAGUUUGCAUCAGCAGUAGCACUGAUGUGAGUUGUAUUCCAGAGGGCACCAGGUUGGUGAAGCCUGCUCUGCUGGACCGCUCUAUUCAGCAUGACAUUUGCUGCCUUGUGACUUCCUUUUGGCUCCCCCCACUGGCCACUUUUGGUUCUGAUGCACCAUCGAGACACAAGAGGUGAUGCAUAUAUAUAAAGGGUGAUCUGCAUGGUUUUUUUGUUCAGUACAGUGGAAUUUAUUUUGCAGGUGCGCUAUUAGGGUUUUACCUCUUUUGUUUUUCAGUGCUGGGAGCCUCGCUGAGACAUGUCACGCCCCUCUGCUCCUCCGCCAGGCUACGAUGAUCGGAACCCCCUCUAUCCUCCACCAGCGGGGGGAUAUCCUGCGGGGUACCCAGGAGGCUACCCCCAGCCCCAGCCCCAGCCCCCACCAUACGGUGGUGGGUACGCACAGCCUGGAGGCUACUCGCAACCAGGGGGUUAUCCACAGCCGGUUCCUAUUAUGCCUACAGUCCCAAUGGGCUUUGGUAUGCAUUUUGAUAUGUUUUCCUCCUAGGAUGGGGAAGGGGGAAUACAUUCAUGAGUGGGUGGGGGAUUGGCCAGAUGGAAAAGGGAGUAGUGAAAUGCCACAACUAGAUGGCUACAAAAGCAGGAAGCAUUAAAUAUUGUUGUUGUUCUUUUUGUUGUUGUUCCUCUUCUUCUUUCUGCUCCUCCUCCUCCUCUUCCUCCUUUUUAAAAUGUCCCAACAUUCUCUAGGCACUGCCCUGCCCACAGACUCACAAUGUAAUGGGGACAACACAAAAGGAAAGAAGAAUGGGGAGGGAAGAAUAAAGCAAGCAUGAAAGCAGCUGCUCCUUUCUGCAGCUUAUGAAAAGGGGCCAGAUUGGGCUUUGCCAUUAUGGUCUUCUUGAGAGGCAGGGAGUCCAGCCUCCCAGUGACCCCUUGAUCUUCUAGCUGAUGUGGUUGGGGCUGGGGUGUGCUUCUAUCCAGCUUUGCAGUCCCAGGGCAACUGGCAGGGGACAGAAUUGUAUGUGUGUGUGUGUGCACGCAUGCAUGUGCUGGAGUCGUAGUCCAGCAAUAUCCGGAGGGACACAAAUUCCCUACCUCUGAUAUAUUUGCCUGAUUUAAUUGCCAUAUUAUACUUUCAAACAACCUGGUUAAAAGGGUGGGUUUCCUUCAUGCUUACAUUAUACUUAUAUGGAUGAAUGGGCAAAGUGCAUAUUCUCAUUUGUACUAGUGACUAUGAAUAUGGAACUAUGGUGUGGUAAUCAAAUCUAGGUUAUGUUAAUAGGAAGUUAAAGGGUGUGUGAAUCAUGGAGGAGGCAUUAAAAAGAAAGGCUUAUGCUAUAAUAGGCCACUCCUUUUGAUCUGCAGCUAAAAUUGCCUUUUGAGGCAAAUACACUUCUAGCCACAUAAAGUGGUCUGAGAAGAAUAUGUACUUAAUGCACAGCUUCAGGAGAUUUUGCAAUCAAGCGGCUUGGUUUCAGUAGCAGCUCCCUGGCAGUAAAUACCCAGGUGCUGAGAUCUAAGUAACCUGAAUGAUCAGUGCAGAGGAAAGGCAUAUGGGAGAUGGUGAUUUUAGCGGAAGAUAAUGAGUAGCUAGAGAGGGUGAAUUUAGAGCUCAGAGGGCACUGAGAGACUUUCAGCCUUUCAAAGAGUUGACUGUAUGGGGAGGCAAGUCUUUGCACACCCACCCCAGAAGGUUCUGAAAAUACUAUGCCAACCCAGGCCAGGACUCUAGUUAGAGCAGGUGAAGUUAAUGUAGGAUAAAUACCACCAUUUUGUCUUCCUUUUGACAGGAGAUGUCUAUGGUGGCGGUGCUGGUGGAGAGGAUGGGACUUUCACUACAGCAGACUGGGAUGACAAGAAAGUCAGACACGUUUUCAUCCGCAAGGUAAUAACUAGAGGAACUACCGCUGCAUGGUCCCCCAUUGCAGCCUCCGCUUUAAUGGAUACUUCUCUUGGAAGAAGCUAGUCUGUUGCCUUGUGUCAGAGGGAGAGAAUCUGCAGCGAGCAAUCCUUGGUAUCCUUGCAUAGGAGUCUGUUCACUCUGCUAGGAGGAGUGUUGCCCCGUUCUGCAGAAAUGAAUGAAUUGUGGUUACAAGGCGACAACUAGGCAUUGAUAGGGGCAGGGACUCCUUUUAGAGAACUGAAAGUUUUGCUAACAGUGUUAAUAGAACAAACCAUGCUGCUUUUUCAGCUAGCAUUUUGAAGCACCCCCUUCUGCUAUCCCUGGGUGACUGUGUAACUUUUCAGAAAUGCAGAACUGUAAGGAAGGACAGCUGAGCACAGCAUCCAAACACCUAGGUGAGAAGCAGUUCAGAAAUUCAUUGUUUCUUGCUUUCCCAAAUGGUAUGUGGUAGGUAGCAAACUCAAUUUAUAUCCCCCAGGGCACGUGUAGGGAACCUGGGGCCCUCCAGAUGUUGCUAAACUACAACCCCUAUCAUCCCUGACCAUUGGCCAUACUUGUUGGGGCUGAUGGGAGUUUUAGUUGAGUAACAUCGGAAGGGCCAAAGGGUACCCACCUGUGCUUUAGGGCAAGAGUCUAGAAAAAACUCCUAGCCUGCAAACAGAUAGGUGAACUGCAGGUGGCUGCAGCAUAAUCUGUUGGAAGCAUCUGGCCCUCUCUGUAAUCAGGGGUUCUUUGGAAGAUUUACUGCAGUUCAGAAGACAGUGAAAUGAGCACCAUUCAUUUCCAGUCUCUAGGUUGGCAUUGCUGUGCAUUUACACAGCUUCAUGUAUACCGCAUGUCUUCAUUUCCAGGUCUACACCAUCAUUUCUCUGCAGCUGCUGAUAACUGUGGGCAUCAUUGCAGUCUUCACCUUUGUGUAAGUUUUUGCUCCAGCAGUCACAGACCAGUAGUGCUUUUCCCUACUGAGAAAUGUCCGCAAAAUAACGGUGCUCAGCAAAGCAAUGUAUUUUUUUAUUUCCCCUUUGUUCAUGUUGAAGCUCAGGACAUUUAUUUUCACCUUCCACCAGUAGUAUUAACCAUGCUGACACCAGAAUAGUUAAUAGUGUUGUUGGAAUAAUACUGGUUCUAUAAUUUACUUCUUAUUCAAUUCCAACUCAGUCUAUGGUGAUAAGGAAAGAGAACAAACAGUUUAGGGGUAUCUUUGGUAGUAAAAUUAAAAGAGCCAUAACUCUCCCUCCAGCAGUUAGUUGUAGUACUAUACUAAAUGCUUGGAAUUAUUAUUUACUCGAGUUAGUACCACCAGGGAAAUAGAAACACCUUUUUUUACAACUACAGGAAAAAAUGGUUCUGACUUUAUUCUAGAUACUUACUAGAACAGUGGUUCCCAAACUCCCACUUGAAAAUUGCUGAGGGUCUUGGCAGGCCACUUAAUGAUUUCCCCCCUGCUUGUUGUAGCAAUUGCAACGUGCUGUGCUAGAUGUUGUAUGUUUUUAAGUGUGUUUCUAUUGCUAAUUUUGUUCCUUAUAUUGUAUAACAAUUUACACUCCAUAGAAUUAGGACUGUAGUACAAUGAAAUACAAUAUAAGAAAUAAAAGAAGCAAUAGAAAUACAAUUAAAACUAAAUAUGAAUCGUGUCUUUAAUGUGGACAUACUACAGUCUACCUCAAUAAAGCUUGCAGACCACCAGUGACCCUCAGACUACUGUUUGGGAGACCUCUAUCCUAGGCUAUGCACUGCAAUUGGAGUAUGUUCUUAACAGUUGUCUUCUGUUCAUGAUCUAUUCCUUAUGAGGAUGACACGGGGGGAAAUGUUAAUAUGUAGCAGUGAGGAUAGAGACUGGAGUGUGAAGGGAUCAUACGGAUUUCUUGCAGAAGCAGCAUCCUGCCUCCCGUGAUAAUUAAUGUGAGAGAAAAUAUUUAUAUUACAUAAUUUUCACCCUCCACAGUGAACCCGUAUCCAGUUUUGUAAGGAGAAAUGUUGCUGUUUACUACGUAUCUUAGUAAGUAUUGGCUUCUCUCCAAUAUGCUUACAGGGCUGUGCUGUCUGUCUGCUCAGUUAAAAACAUAAGAAGAGCCUGCUAGAUCAGGCCAAUAGCUCAUGCAGCCAAGUAUCCUGUUCUCACAGUGGCCAACCAGAAGCCCAUGGGAAACCUGCAAGCCGGAGCACAAGAGCAUCCCUGUGGUUUUCCAAUGGAAGCAGAAUGCAGCCACCAGGGCUAGUAGCCUUCAAUAGCCUUCAUGGAGUUGUUCUGAGCUCCAUGGCACAACUUGGGCUAAAUCAGUAUUUUCUGUUAUCGUGGAUCUGGGUGACUAUAGAUACACCCUUCUUUGGGGACGGGAAAGCCUCUUGUCCAGGGUUCUCCAGAAAGCUGGCAACUCUGCUUGUGGAAGCAGGGAUGGAACUUCAGGUUAAAUCACCUCGUUGCCCGGCCAGGCAUUGCAGGCACACAGCUUGCUACCACAGGGUUAAGGGCACACCACUGUAUGUUUACAGGCAUCACCCAAAGGCCAAGCGUGUAUCUGUUGUCACCGUUUGGCAUGACUGGAGGUGGGGCAGAAGGUCCAUGAUCAUUAGAAGUCAGCAAUGAUAUCCUGCCUUGGUGCUGAUGCUCCUAUGUGGUUGCAUUUCCCCCUCCAUUUCUCAUUACUGCUGUUUUGAGUAGUACAGAACUUUGCCAUGGAACAUGGUGCAUAGGAGGAGCAUUUGCCUGGAAGUCAGUCGCUUCCAACUCUGUGGGACUUACCCAUGUUUACUUGGAAAUCAGAUUGGGCUGCAAAUAGCCUAUAUCCUGUGAGAAGUGGAACGAGCGUGGAGAUAGCUGGGCAUCUGUCCCAGGAUGUUAAACUUAUCACCCUCCUGAUGUUGCUGGGCUCCAUCUCCCAUAAGCCCCAACCACCAUGAUUGAUUGCCAAGGAUGAUGGGAGUUGUAGUUCAGCAAGAUCCAGGGGGUCAUAGGUUCCCUGUCCCUGGUCUAUCCCACCAACUUCCAUGUGCAAGAGAGUAGAGCUCGUAGUAGAAGCAGUGGUGAACAAGCCUAGCUCUGCUAAGAUGUGAUGUACAGAGAGAAAACCACAGAGACUAAACUCCCCCUGAGGCGUCGGAAGUGGUGCUCAGGAGUGGCACCAGUGCCCUGAGUUCUCCUAAGUCAGCAAAUGUCACGUAUCAAGGUCCCACACCACAACAAUUGAAGCCAAAUUAACCACUAAACAGGGUUUAGUGGUUAAUAUUCAACUCUUGUGCAUCUGAAAUCCCAGCCUUUUUGUGUCUUUAGGGAGGGAUGCAAAGUUCUUGGUAGAUGCAAGGUCCUCCUAUGACUCAAACAUCUCACUCUUGUUUCCUUCCCCCAGUGCUGUGUUCUUCGUCACUUACCUGGUGCUGGCAUGCUGUGAGGGCCCACGGUGAGUGUUACAUUGGAUAUUCUUGGUGACUGUGGGAUGUAUAGGUAGGUGAGUGGCUGAAUGUGAGGCGGGGUUUUGAAAUGAGUGGCAGCUGGGCAACAUGGGAAAACUAGGCUGUGCAACAAUUUCCCAAACACCGUUUUCUUUCAUUACUUGUGGGUGGUUUGGAGCCAGCGGUGCAGUGUCUGGAGGGGUGUGCAUCCACUUUGAAUGAAGCCUGAACCCAGAGGCUGCUUUGGAGUCUAGAGUAGGAUUGCAACUCACUUGGCCUCUGCUUCUGGUGAAAAAUGCCUACAACUGGGAGGAUGUGCUGCAACACUUGGCCCUAGUGACACUGCUUACAUAUCUCCUUUCUUUUCAAUCUCUUCCAGGAGACGCUUCCCAUGGAAUCUUAUCCUUCUGACCAUCUUUGUAAGUAGGCAAGUUGUUCAUGGGGCUUGGGCAAUGGAAUUUUCCCUGAAUUCCCUCAGUGGUGGUGGUGCAAUUUUUUUUAAAAAAAAAUUAAACAUUUUUAUUCCACUCUUCUUCCUCACUGCUCAGAGUCAUUUACAUGGGUCUAGCCCCAUGGCAUCCUCUCUGUAGCCUUAUAUGCUAAUAAAUAAAUAAAAAUUUAAAAAUUGUCCAGUAGCACCUUAGAGACCAACUAAGUUUGUUCUGGGUAUAAGAUUUCAUGUGCAUAUGCACACGAAAGCUUAUACCCAGAACAAACUUAGUUGGUCUCUAAGGUGCUACUGGACAAUUUUUAAAUUUUUAUUAUUUAUUUCGUCUGUGUCAGACCAACCUGGCUACCUACCUGAAUCCUUACAUGCAUUUUAGACUGAGGGAUUGUUUUGAGUCAAGGUCUUACUCACUGAGCUUCAAGGCUAUGUUUGGAUUUGAGCACAGAUCCUAGUGUGAUGCCAGUGUACACAGUCCUGGGAUGGACUACGUAGCGUAGAUACGAUGGGUUUUUGAUGGAAACUUUAAAAAAAUAAAAAUUCCAGAAAAACCAGAGCGCUGAGGGAUACUAAAUUAUCUAUGCCUAGUCUUGCUUUAUACUCCAGUCAACACCUGAAACUAUUUGUAUGUAGCUUAACCUGAGCAAAAGGUUAAUCAGCUAUUUUGGAUGUACACCCAGUCUAGAUCUGAAGGCUAUGUCUAAUUAUGUACACAAGACUCUUCUGGGGAUAUCACACCAUAUUAAAUUUUGGAGACUCUUUGUUGCAGCAACUCCAGGCAGUUCAGUCAAAGAUUUAUAUGUCUCUUGAGGCCCCACUUUGUGAAUGUAACAGGUGUCCUCAGGGACUAUGUAGUCAUGGAUUGGCAAAAAUGUUAUUGUUAAGGGAUUAAUAAUAAAACAAUUUAUUUAUAUCCCACUCUUCCACCAAAAUCAGUACAAAUAAAACAACCAGUUUCUAAAGAACUUAGUACAACCAAACACUUAAAAAUAAAGGUCAGACAAACUCAAAAUAGCAGCAGAGAUAAAAGAUGUUGCACCUUAAAACUGGCAGCAAUCAAAUGAGAAGUUACACAUUAACAACUUGUCUAAAUACAAGUGCCUUCCAUUACUAGUGAAAAAGACACAACGAGGAGGCCUGACAAACAGCUUAGGACCAGGUUACAUUAGAGCAGAUGUGGCUAAUGUGCCCCUCCCAGAUGUUGCUGGGCUACAGCUCCUCAGUCCAGACCCUUGGCUAUGCUGGUUGGGGCUGGCUGGAGUUGGAGUCAAGAAACAUCUGGAGGGCCACAGGUUAGCCACACCUGCUCUAAGGCACCCUGGUCUUAAGAUGUGUAGGGCUUUGGAGCUACAGUUCCCUCCUUGUCUUACUAGCUUGUGCUAUUUCCCAGGACUGUGCUUACUUGAUGAGAGCAUCUGCAAGAAGAAAGUAUGAGAAACAAAAGUUUCACCUGGUUUUCAGACUUGACAAAUCCUAAUCUGAAGCUAUUGCAGAACUGAAGCUCUUUGAGGUUAUAGUGAUAUGCCAGGAAGGCAAUGUUCACUUUUACCUUCUAUUUUUCUUCUAGACACUGGCCAUGGGAUUCAUGACGGGCACCAUUGCUAGGUAAGAUAAACAUCAUCAUCAUCAUCGUUAGCUUGCUCUCUAGCAAUUAAACUUGAGCUUCUGGUUAGAGGUUACUUUCACAAAGAUGACAUCCAUUCUCACAUCUCACAGCUGUGAUUUAAAUCAGGUACAGGAUUCUGAGGACCCUGAUGAUGCUACACAAACUUCUUGUUCUAUCACUAUGCUUUGGCCCAAGUAUAGUUCUGCUGCUUGUAUCAUCUGCUGCUAUAUAACUAUUAUACCUGAGCCUUAUUGGUGUGUCCAGCCUACACCAAAAUCAUUCAUUUAAGUCUCACUCCACACUGAGCAUUACCCAUCUAGAAAGGAAGGUUUGUAGGUUCCCUGUCUUGAGGUGUUUGUGGCGGGGAGGUAUGAUUGCAAUCCUAAGGGUGAGACUGGUGUGUAUUGGAAAUAAAGCUGUAAGCAGACUUGCUUCUAAAGAAAUGCAUUUAAAACUGAAAUGCUAAGUCAAAACAAUGUUCUGUCUCUUAAUGACUAAACGGUAUUAAUUCUGCUCUAUUGAGACAUGUUCAACUUUGCAUUUCCUUGCUAUUCAGUAUGUAUAAUUGUCCUGAGUUUAGAUCUAAAUUGUGCACUUAGGAUUCAGUGGCAAAAGACAGUUAUCAUAAUGUAGAAAAACAAACCCCCCAGACCCUUAGGUAAAAAUAAUUCUUUAACUCUCUAUUUCAGCAUGUACUCUACAAAGGCUGUUAUAAUUUGCAUGAUAAUCACAGCUAUUGUGGCCAUAGUUGUCACCAUCUUCUGCUUCCAGACAAAGGUGAGGCUUGCUUCUUCCUUGAAGGUAACAUUGGUGUGGUCCAGGGUGGAAAAAAAUCAAUGAUUUUUAAAAAAAAUUAAUUGGAUUUUUUAAAAAUUUAGAUUGGAUUUUUAAAAUAAAAUGCUUUUGGGGGAAAAAUCUUUCCAAAGAUAGUUUUCUAUUUAAGUUAAUUAUAGUCCAAAGGCUAUUCAUCAGGAAAUAAGGAUUUGUUUUAAGUUUUUGUGUGUGUGCUGAAACUCAGUCUAAGUUUUUUUUUAAAGUUUAACCACAUCAGUUAACAAACAUGGAUACAUAUGCUAUAAUGUUAUUGAUUUAGUUAAAUAAAUUGUUUAAAUUGUUAUUAAGGAAAUGAUUAUUUUCCUCCUUCCAAUAAAGUACAGCAGAAAAGUUGUCCAUAUAUAAACAGUUAACUUAUUAAACCUCACAAUAAUUUUAUAAUUAUCUGUCAAUGUAUUUCUAAUAGUAUUACCAAAUCAGUAAUUUUUGAUAUAACUGUAAAAACUUCUCUGAAAAUUUAUUAUUCCAAAAAUGAAACCUUCAUCUGGUUGUAAAUAUUAAGAUUAUGCCAGCGAGAAUGAGUCUUUCUGUGAAAAUAUGAUUUAAAUCAAGUCUUACUGACUAGUGAUUUAAAUCAAAUCCACCCUGGUGUGUGUGUCUUCUGUAUCAUGGAGUUGGUAGAGCAAAGAGGUCUCCUGCAGAGCAAAUUGUGGUAUUGUGUAGAGCGGGCUACUUGCUAUCUGCAUCUUUCCCCCAAAACGUGUCUUGCUGUUGUUGGCAGGUGGAUUUCACAUCCUGUACCGGCUUGUUCUGUGUGUUGGGCAUUGUCGUCAUGGUGACUGGGAUUAUCACAGCCAUUGUUCUGGCCUUCAAAUACGUAAGUAGCUGACAGUGAAAGCUUGGCCUGGGAAGGGAUUGGUGAUGUAAAUGGUAAAAUUGUUGCCCUCCAGGUGUUGCUUGAGUUCAACUCCCAUCCUCUCUGACCAUUGGCCAUGCUGUCUGGGGCUGUGAUGGGAGUCCAGCAACAUCUGGCAGGCACAGGUUCCCCACCCCUGCUUUACAGCUGCAAGCAUGUGUGCUGUGAUUUGCAUUUGACCACUGCAUGCUCCCAUCAAUUACCAGCUAAUAUUGAUAAAUCACUGCAACUAACCAAGUGUCUGGCUCAGUGAUGUGGGGGUUCUGGAUAAUCAGUGUCCUGCCAACCUUCUUUUUUGAAAUGUUCAAUUUGCACUCUCCAGUUCCUCCAAAUGGGUCCUGACUCUGUACCGAUGCUCACAUUUCACUCCCUGCUGCUGCUCCUAUUUGUGCUCUGUGGACAGGCCUAGAGAUGCUGUCACUGAAGUUUUAAUUCAAUCAAAACACUCCACUUGCAGGCCAACGACUCAUUUGGUUCUCUUUCCUUGCAGGUCUAUUGGCUCCACAUGCUGUAUGCAGGCAUUGGUGCCAUUGCCUUCACCCUGGUUAGUAGAUAUAUAUAAUUGUGUAUAUAUAAUUGCUGGUCAUUUAGGUUUCUUGCCUGCUCUACAUCAAUAGGACUCAAGGCAGUCAAUACUGGUGGGAGAACAUAACCUUGCCUGUAUCUUGUGCUAUCCCCUGGGGGGAGCUGGGGUAGAUAGCAACUUCCUUGAUAGCUUUAAAGGCUCUGUAAGAACAGAGAGCAAGAAAGAGCCUAGUGCACAGCUUCAAUGGGGGCUGUGUGGUGGCUCUCCCUCCCAAACAAUAUUUAAUGUCUUUCUGGUUCAUUCUGGUUUGCUGUCAUCAUAGUGUGAUGGGCAGUGCUACGGCUGCUACAUUUGUGGCUCACCAUCUGCAGCAGUGAAGACUUGGCCUCACCACCUAGAUAUAAUUUUAGUUAUCUUGGGUGAUUAGGUAGGUUGCUAAUUGCAAGUGUCUCAGAGCGGAGGUGUAGUAAUUAGGGCAACGGGUGUUGUUGCAGUAUGUGUGUACCAAAAUAAUGCAUGGAUUGUGGUAGCUAACUCGGGGAAUGAAGAAAAUUUUGGUAAUUUCUUCAAACUUGUGACUAACUGCUUUCCUCAUGGCUUUUGACAGUUUCUUGCCUAUGACACCCAGUUGCUGCUGGGCAACAGAAAACACGCCAUGAGCCCUGAGGAAUAUGUCUACGGCGCCCUCAAGAUCUACACAGACAUAGUCUACAUCUUCACCUUCCUCUUGCAGAUUGUGGGCAGCAGAGAUUAGGAAGCUGAGGCCGUGCCUCUGUGCUAGAACUUUGGCAACCCUCCCUAGAAGUUCAGGGGACCCCUGACUUUGAUUUCCUUAAUAUAAUGUUCUGCUGCGUUGCUCUCGCCUCCUAGAAUGUAUAGACGCUACUAAGGGAUUCACAUAGUGGACAGAGCUAAAGAUAAGAUAUGAUACAUUGUAUACGCUGUAGAUAUUGACUCUAAUUUGUAAUAUGUUGUUUAUUUCUCCAUUUCCACAUGUGGAAUCCCCUUUUUGUAUCUGAUGCCCUGGAUGCAGGAAUCUGUAUCACUGCUUUGGAGUGAUGUAUCCUAGCCCUCUCAACUUAUCUCUUAUUUGUAAUUUUGUUUGGUUGUUUGUUUUUGGUCAGCUUACUUAUCUAAAAUGUAGAUGGCCCUUCCAGCUAGAAAAUCCAAAGAUCCAGGGCUCAACUAUACAACUGCAAAUAAAAUUUAUAUUUUUGAAUAAGAUCUCCCAG